CUCGAAUAUUAGUUUGCAAUCGCGCAAUGCAUGAGGCGUGUUUCUUUGCCAAUGCUAGGAAGGACGCCCUUCACGCAAUCGUCCGGCACCAAUCCCUAGCCCUUGGUUCGGUGUGGCAGCCCUUGGCUUUCUCUUUCUCGCCAGGCCUUUGGCUGGAGUAUGUGACAACAUGAGCUGAGCUGCUUCCAGUGACGUUGACAGAGAAAUACCCACUCCAACAAAGUGCAGUAGCGGAUUCAAUUGGUUGCAUUGUUAGCCAACUUCUUUCAACGGAGAGCGCAUUGCAUUCUUUCUUCCCUGAUGGCAAGCCCGCUUGACUCGCCUCGCUCGCAGUCUCCGCCACCGGAGGAUCCUGGCAUGGAGUCGCGCACCAACUCCGACUGGGAGUUACUGAGCAUGUCUCAGGUGGACGUAUCAGGAAGUCAAAAUUCUGGGUCUUCUACACCCAAAGUUGCCAGCCAGUCGACCAUUGAGAAGCCCCAGGAAGCAUCCCGGCAUCAAGAAAGAGGGCAGCUUGACGAUAGCUUCUUCAAUGCCCUAGGGGUGGAGGGUUUCCUGCAGGCCGACCGGGGCGCACGGCGAGGGGGUGGAUUUGAGAGCUUGUUGUCAAACCCCCAAACUGAGGGCGCGUGGCCGCACCUUUCUUGGAGCCAGGCAGGCGAAUCGGGCGUUCUUAUCGCUCCUCACACUGUACAGACACAGAAUGAUUCACAGCUAAAUGACUAUCCUCAGUGGAGCAAGGCCAGUCUGAAUGAAGGUGAUGCGCUUGGUGACGAUGCAGAAGCUGGCGACUCCAUUGGGACGGGCUCUGGUAUUGGCCGGUACAUAUCGCAGCAGCGGGAUGUGGAGCCACAGGCAGAGAAGGAGGAGGAGAAGGAGGGCCAAAGGUAUGCAGACUCGCCAGUGUCGCCGCUGACCGUGCCAGCAUCCUUUGGCGCCGGUACGUCCUAUGCGUCCUCGCUCGGUACACCCCCCGUGACUCCCCCCUUGGAGGAGCACCCACAUCUCGGCAGCUGGAUGGGGGUUCCAGAGACGGUCGAGACGCCGGCCAAAACAAUCGACGCACAAGAGUCCGAACUGGAUUUGGGAUCCAAAGAAGAGGAGACAAAAGAGGAGGAGCUUCCUCAGGCGCCCCUGGUGGAAACUGAAGAAGUCGUGAGCCAGCCUGUGAGCUCUGUGGCACCUGUGGAGUCCGAGAACGAGGAGGGGGAGAAAGAGCCGCCGACGGCGUUGCAGAAGUGGUUCCCGUACGAGGCGUGGUGGCAGAAACAGGAGACGCUGCGGCGGUGGGUUAAGAGCGUGCUGAGCCAGCCGCUGACGGUGUGGUCUCUGGGCCUGACGACUGCGGUGCUGGGCUUUCUCUUCCUGCAUCAACUGUGGCGCAACCGCGACCUACAGGCCCAACUUCGGGCCGGGAACAAGAGGCUUGCCGACCAAGAAGAGACGAUUCGCCGCCUGCGCGAGGCGAUGAGCUUCCGCCGCCGCGUCCCCGUCCUCCGUGUACCGGUUCGCUUCACGGCCACCACGUGGUCUUGAGAGAUGCGGAUCGGUGCGGAAUGCCGGAGUGGCAAAAUGGUGCAUGUCGAAUGAGAUAAGGUUGUACGUGGGCGGAGGGUACCCGUGGUAAUUCGAAAGUAAGGCGUAGGAGCGCUUGAGGAGCGAAGGAGCGGCAUUGGGGUGGGGAGGGUUCUGUAGAUAAGAGGGUUGCACAUGCAGAGGCGCGCUUCUGCGUAGAGUCUAGUGUUGGGACUGUGUGACCCGUUAGUAUGUUAUGCAAUGGUUCGGGAUGGGUCUAGUGAGACGAGUCCUUUAGGGUCGUGUCCGCCUUCAGGCGGCGUAAUGGGUGGUCAGGCGGUCAGGCAACAUUGUACAGACCUUAGUAGGACAGGCUGACGUCACAAAGAUGGUGUAAGUCGGGCAGGUAGAAUACAAUCGUGAUUCAAGUGGUUGCAAUGGGCGGCCAGAACUGUAAUGUAAAAACUCAGUAUGAUGGGUAGUGGGAACAAAGAGGCAAUGUUUGCUUGCCCCGUCGGUGGGUCUAGGAUCGAGCUCAGCGUCCCGGUGGUCGGGCUGUAAAGAGUUGCUGGUUGUGAGUGCCAGCUAGACUGUGUCGGGUUGCAUGGUUAGAUAGUGUAAGCGUGUGUACAUAUGAUGAAGCAGUGGAAUAGUCUCGUUUAUCCGGACAGUAUCUGUAGGACGACUGCAUUGUGCAACCAAUCACUGGUCUCUGGCUUCAUGUGAAAUUGCCAGUUAAGCGGUCUUGUGUUUCCAAUCAAUUCAAGCUU